CAAGGUGUGUAGUAAUGAGUGUAAUUACUGAGUAAACAUAAAUAGGUGAAUUACGACCGUGCGUAAUGCAGAACUUCACAAUGGAUGCGCUGGCACUCCUUGAAGAUUACGCAAACGGCAGGAUCAGGAUGGAGAGAGUUUUUAGAGACCAUCAAGAUUUCCUGGCCAACGAUGAUGACUGGCUGAUAUGCCGAUUUAGAUUUCCUAGAGCAGUGCUCUUAAAUCUAUGUGCUGAGUUGGGCCCAGUGUUGGAGCGAUCAACCCGCCGGAACCAUGCCAUACCCGCGCAUAUGCAGGUGCUGACAACUCUCGGGAUUCUGGCAACCGGCUCUUUCCAGCGGGAAUUAGCCGACAGGUCUGGAAUAUCUCAGCCAUCGCUGAGUAAUGUAAUGCCUGCCGUUUUGGAUGGCAUUAUAAAAAUGAGCAGUCGAUACAUAAAGUUUCCAUACACUGUAGGGGAACAGGCCAACAUUAAAAGGCAAUUUGCAGCAUCAACCGGUUUCCCAAAUGUAAUCGGCGCGAUUGACUGCACUCACGUUGCUAUAAGGGCUCCAAGUCAGAAUGAGUUUGUCUACGUUAACCGAAAAAAUGUGCAUUCAGUUAACGUGCAAGUCAUUUCCGACUCAAACUUGCUUCUGACAAAUUUAGUGGCACGGUGGCCUGGGUCAACCCAUGAUUCAUUCAUCCUGGCACACAGCAGUGUAGGGAAUAGACUGCAGGCAGGUGCUUCGCGGGAUGGGUGGCUUCUCGGUGACAGUGGCUAUCCCCUGAGACGCUGGCUCCUCACGCCUUUUGCGAACCCGCAAAGCGCAGAGGAGGCGCUCUUCAAUUCCGUCCACGUUCGUGCGCGCUCUGUUGUGGAGCGAGCCAUCGGCCUCCUUAAAAACCGGUGGCGGUGUCUUGAUGCGUCGGGGGGGAGACUUCUCUACCAGCCCAAUAAGGUGUGCAGGAUCAUCAUGUCGUGUGGUGUCCUGCACAACGUGGCACUGAGGAAUGGUGUUCCCCUCCCACCUGGCCUCCCUCCCAUUCACCAUGAGGAUCCUGACGCACAGCCCCCUCCCCGGCAUGAAGACCACCAACGGGGAGCCAGGCUACGUCAGCAAGUCAUGCAGCGUUUGUGAAA